GAUUUUGUAGCUCUUCCUCUCGUGUCUGUUGUCCUCUUCCCCUCGCCCAGACCAGACAUAAGCUACCUUUUAUCCGAAUACUGGGUUUUCAUUUCUCGUCAUUCCAAAAUCAUCGAAACCCUAAUAAAUCUACAUCAGGCUUCAGCGUCCUUUGUCGAGUUUGCUCCCUUGUUUCAGAUAAAGGUUCAUGUCAGAUCUUGAAGUUCAAGUCCCCACUGCCUUUGAUCCGUUUGCUGAUGCAAAUGCUGAGGACGCUGGAGCUGGAGCUGGAACAAAGGAAUACGUGCACAUACGUGUUCAGCAGCGUAAUGGUAGAAAAAGCCUGACCACUGUCCAGGGCCUUAAGAAAGAGUACAGCUAUACCAAGAUCCUCAAAGACCUCAAGAAAGAGUUUUGCUGCAAUGGCACCGUUGUCCAGGACUCUGAGCUAGGACAGGUUAUUCAGCUUCAAGGGGAUCAGAGGAAGAACGUCUCCACCUUCCUUGUUCAGGCUGGGCUUGUGAAGAAGGAUAACAUUAAGAUCCAUGGUUUUUGAGCAAAUUCUAGAUACUUGUUCUUCAUCUUUACACAACAUCUUCAGUUUGCAGCAUCAAUCAGCCAGUACUAUUAACUAUCACGUAUGUAUUAAUUAUUAAUGUUCUUAUAUAUAUUCUGUUUUUGAAAAAAAAAAAUCAGUGGUUUGCUUAUGAGUGUAUUGAACAAAUGUAUCAACUUUUCAUUUGCGUUUGUAGUGUGAGAUCAUCAAUAAAACUUGCUCCUAUUUGUGAA